UGCGUGCUGUACGUCGUGGCGUCACAACACGGUCAGUGCAGCGGCUGGUUGUGUUGCCAGAAAUGAGAAACGGCUGGCAAAAAUUGGUCAAGGACAGCCUGCAUAUCCGUCUCUGUCCGGGUCCAAUCUUGCACACUCCACGCCGGUAUUUUACCCGUUCCCGCACCUUCAACCGACAGCCAACAGAAUCGACCGCGGGCAUGGACCUCGGGAACAUGAGGAAGGGUUACAAAGCGGACAAAGAGGCAUUUGAAGAAAGCCACUUGGUCUCCCUGGAUCCCAUUAAGCAAUUUGCUGAUUGGUUCAACCAGGCAACAAAGUGUCCUGCGAUUGGGGAAGCUAAUGCCAUGUGCCUAGCCACCAGCACGAAGGAGGGCAGACCCUCAGCCAGGAUGGUGCUGCUCAAGGGGUUCGAUCAGGAGGGCUUCCGAUUCUUCACAAACUACGAGAGCCGCAAAGGAGUGGAGAUGGAAAGCAACCCUUUUGCUUCGCUUGUAUUUUACUGGGAGCCUCUGAACAGGCAGGUUCGGAUCGAGGGCCCGGUGGAGCGCAUUCCAAGGCAGAGCUCUGAGGAAUACUUCCAUUCCCGACCCAAGAGCAGCCAGAUCGGAGCCGUGGUGAGCCGGCAGAGCACCAUCAUUCCUGACAGAGAGUUCCUGAGGCAGAAGAACGCCGAGCUGGAGGAGCUGUACAAGGAGAAGGAGGUGCCGAUGCCUGAUUACUGGGGUGGCUGCAUCGUGAAGCCGCAGGUGAUGGAGUUCUGGCAAGGUCAGACUACCAGGCUCCACGACCGUAUCGUGUUUCAGCGGCAGGUGGAGGGAGACGGACCCGAGGGCGGGAUGCAGCACAAGGGAGAAGGAGGGUGGACAUUCCACAGGCUGUCGCCUUGACGAUUCCAGAACCCCCUCCAGGAGGAGUGUGGCCCUAAACUCACUAGGACAGUUAUUGGUAUUAUUUUUAUUUUAUUGUUUUUAACUUCCAAAUCGGGUACCUCAUCAUCUGUCUGAUUUUUUUUUAAUUUUUUUUAUAUAUAUAUAUAUAUAAGAACUACAAAUACCAGAAUGCAUUGCGACACCGCCUCAUUGUGCAUUGAGUUUCAUAUUGAAAUUGUGAACGUCUUUGUCAUUUUUUUUUAAAAAUGUUAAUUAAAAAAUUGUUUGUAUAGCAAAUGUAGGUUUUAGAAAUAAACGAUUUCAUAACUUUU